GCCUAAUUACACUACGUAGAUAACUGCAUCUUCCAUUCCAUCAGAAAACAGAAUCAGCAGCCCAGAAUACAUAUGUAACCAUAACAUUAUACAUUUCCAUAGUCCACAAGGAAACUACGAUUCAUCAGUAACCAUCUCCGAAAUGAGACUACGAUUCAUUAGUAAUCAUAAUUAGUUCAAGGAUAACAAGAUAACCAAAGGAUAAACUACGCGCUAAAUAAUACUGUGGCUCAACUAGAUUAUCUGCAAAAGUGCCACAGCAAAAGCAUCACAACUAGCAAAUUCGAUAAAACAGCCCUUGAGCACCAAACAAAAACCUAUAAACCUUAGCUUCUCCCUUUGCAUGUUUCGCAGUUUUCAACGCGGCAGCAAGAUAAAAGUCGUCCUCAGUGCUGGAGUCACUGCCAAGAACACCUUUAGUACUAAUAUAUUCUUCUAUCAAUAAUACUGGCGACUUCAUUGGCUACUAAUACUACAUGGAAGAAAUGUUUGGGCAGACAUCAACAAAUUCCCGCAAAUUAAACCACGUUAGUAGGAUGUCUUGUGCCCAAGUCAAUCGUUCUCUUGCCAAAAUUAUCUGCUUAUAUAGAUUUGCUGUCUCGGAAGAUUUGCCAAUAUCAUCAAAUGUACAAAUUGUCCCACAAAUCCUUGAGUGAUGACUCGUCAUUGGGUAGUUCUGGGAGAAGAAGACUCAGAGGAAGGAUAUUUUCAACAUAGUAACUGAUGUCAACACUUUGCACCUUGUCAAGCAGGAAUUUAGGUAUCUUCUUCUUAGUCCCGGCCUUGAGUCCCCUCAAUUGCUUAAUUUCAUACUUCUUCUUCUCAUUGUCCUUUUCUCCCAAAUCACAAAAAAUCAGAACAUCAGCUUCAUCAUCCCUAGAAUCAACUUCCAAAUAUCUCCAUGGAUUUUUCCUCCUUGAUAUGGAUGAUGUUAUCAGGAUCUUCUCACCCCCUGUGCCAACAAUGCUGAGCUCUCGGCAGAAAUGAUGUUUUGGCAGCUCAAUUAUGGACUUUACCCAGGUAUCAUCACGCUUGUUUGUCAACAUCCACAAUGUUAUUUCACCAUAAACACCAUCAUCAUGAUCCUUGACCCAUCCAGCCCAAGUGAAAUUGCCUCCAACCUCUGUCAUAAUCUCAGAAUCGAACUCUGGAGCAUGUUUCGGAAGCUUGAGCAACUUAAACAGUUCGUCUGCAAAGUCAAAGUAUUGCAGAACCCUUUCACCACCGGGGGAGAAGAAUUUCAGUUCCUCCUCGUCAGCCCAUUCGUUAUCCCUCUUCUUAGUCCAGUAUAUUGCACCAUCGGCAUAAACAACAGUAUAUACAUUUGAAUUCAACAUUGCAAGAGGAUUGAACUCAGUAAUACCAAACCGAGGUGAACUGGCAACUUCCCUCCAAGUAGGAGGCAUGGUAUCAUCGGUGCUGCUCUUGAUUAGAGUGAUGACGAAAAACUUUCUUUUACGAAUACAGAACAACAGUACUUUGUAAUGGUUACUCACUGGAUCAAAUCCCAGGUAACAGGGCGAAAAAAUACUACCUGGGCUGUACGACUUCCUGGGGAGAGCUCUCUUUUCCAUAGUGGUGAGAUUCAGCAGUUCAAGACGAAAUCUGUACCAGGGCAAUACACAGAUGAGGCCGUUGACAAUAUUUGUAACAGGAAACCCAUAAUUUUUAUGGUCCUGAAAGUGGUGGGUAGGAAGCUGAGUGGAGAAAACCACUCCAUCACCAUCAACAACAGGAUUUGACGCCGGAAAGAUGGCCUCGUGGAUGGAAUCAACAGAAAACAGGAGAUGAGAGGAGGAUUCCGGCCGGGUUUGGGAAUUAGCGUAAUGGGUUCUGGCGAAAUCCCAGUUGUGUUGAAUCAAUGCGUACCACGAUUUCCGGACGGAUUUGAAUCGCAUAAGAGAUUGCGCAGGAAGCCAAUGUGAGCACGUGAUUGAAGAUUAUAUGGUCUGGCAGUUGAGACCAUAUUUUUUGGCUUAAUUCCAUUGAUUCUGAUUCCAUCUUCUUCUGCUUCUUCUCAGCUGCCGCCACCGCCGCUGCUUUGAAAAAAAUUUUUUUUUUACGGUGGCGAGUCCUUAUAUACUCCAAGGUCAAGGGAAAUGUUUCUAACACGGCGUCGUAUGAAGGGAAAUUUAAAAAUUAGGAAAUAUUGGUGACUUGGACCCUAAAAAAAAUUACAAGGGCUUAAACCCCGGGAUUCCAUUAGAAGCAGCCGCCGGAGAUAUGGACAUGGAGGUGGAACAACCGACGGCGCCAGAAUCCGCUUCCGAUUCCGGCGUAGGAGCAGCAGCGAAGCGCUUCGGCCUCAAAAGUGCUAUACAAACUAACUUCGGCGAGGACUACGUAUUUCAAAUCGUUGCGAAGGAUGAUUGGUCAUCGAUGGCGGUGUCACUUUCUACAAACAUUAUGAAACUGUACUCGCCGGCCUCAGGGCAGUAUAUUGGGGAGCUGAGGGGCCACGCCGACGCUGUGAAUCAUAUGUCCUUUCAAGUUCCGUCUUCUCCCAGUGUGCUGUGUUCUUCCGCUUCUGACGGUACUGUCAGAUUUUGGGACACUAGGAACUUUCAGCAGGUAUCUAUCUUAAAUGCUGGCCCCUCAGAGGAAGUAUUUAACUUCUCUUUUGGUGGAGCCGGUGAUCAUCUUCUGGCUGCUGGGUGCAAAUCGCAGGUUCGGUUAUGGGAUUGGAGGAACAGUAAAGAGGUUGCACGAUUGGAGGAAUCUCACACUGAGGAUAUUACUCAGGUACACUUUGUUCCGGGACACCCAAACAAACUUCUUUCUGCUUCGGUUGAUGGAUUGAUGUGUUUCUUUGACACAAGUGGAGCUAUAAAUGAUGAUGAUAAUUUAGAGUCGGUGCUCAAUGUGGGAUCCUCUAUUGGCAAAGUUGGCUUUUUUGGUGCUAAUAGUCAAAAGAUUUGGUGUUUGACACACAUUGAAACUUUAAGUGUUUGGGACUGGAAAGAAUCAGUAAUGGAAGUUAAUUUUGAGGAUGCUCGUUCGUUGGCUUCAGAGAGCUGGUCACAAGAUCAUGUUGACUACUUCGUCGAUUGCCAUUACUCAUUGGAGGAAGAUUGUCUAUGGGCGAUCGGUGGUACUAAUGCUGGCACCUUAGGUUAUUUCCCCUUGUAUAGCAAAACUAGUGCGGGAGCCGCAGCCAGAAUCGGUCCGGCAGAAGCCAUUCUCAUUGGAGGUCAUGCUGGUGUUGUUAGGAGUGUAUUGCCUCUGAGAUCCCCUAUGCAAAGAAAAGGCAUUUUCGGAUGGACAGGUGGUGAAGAUGGCCGAUUAUGUUGUUGGUUAUCGGACACAUCAUUUGAUACCAAUCGCUCUUUCAUAUCAAGUGCAUUGGUUGCUAAGUCACAGAAGAACUGCAGGAAAAGCAGGCAUAGUCCCUAUUAAUGCUUGUUGUAAUUUGUUGUACCCAAUCCUAGUUUUCAAAUGGCAAAGAGAAAUUAUUCUUUAUGAAUGCUCUCUGUAUUAACUUGUUUGGAAUGCCAUUGUAUAUGCUAUUUGAUACUGUACUUCUGGAACUGGAAGUAACAACUUUUUAAGUUUUCAUUAUGUAACCAAAACAAGAAUUAAAAUAUAACACUUAGACAGCCCAUCAACAUGC